GAGGGACUUCCCUUUGCGAGGAGGAACUUCCCGCGGGAUUGGUGUUUAGAGUGAGCUUUUCUCGUGUCCUCGCCUCCUUGGUGAGGGGGACAGUGAUCUUAUAUGCUGCCCUGGAAUAUGAAAAUAACUGAUUCAGCUUGUACAUGAGUAUUAUCCUCAAGAAUACUCCUUCAGAACCUGGGGUACCUUAUUUUUAAUAACUUCAUUAAUGGCAGAUUUUCAGCCUUUUGACAACAGUCAGAAAUCUUUCAGAGCCAGGUUUGGUGAAUAAGUUUUAUUUCAUGAGAGCUGGUGGAAACAAUGGCUGUUAGCUUGAAAGAAGUAACCUUAAUAGUCAGUGUGGUUAUAGCCUGCUAUUGGAAUAGCCUCUUCUGUGGUUUUGUUUUUGAUGAUGUUUCAGCAAUAUUGGACAACAAAGAUUUACAUCCUUCUACACCUUUAAAAAACUUAUUUCACAAUGACUUCUGGGGAACCCCUAUGUCUGAGGAAAGAAGUCACAAAUCUUAUCGUCCUUUAACAGUAUUGACAUUUCGUUUAAACUAUCUAUAUAGUGAAUUAAAACCAGUGUCUUAUCAUUUGCUAAAUCUCAUUUUUCAUGCUGUGGUUAGUGUGGUCUUCCUUAAAGUCUGCAAAUUAUUUCUGGACUCCAGGAGUAGUAUAAUUGCCUCUUUGAUGUUUGCUGUGCACCCUAUACACACAGAAGCGGUAACAGGUGUUGUAGGAAGAGCAGAACUUUUAUCAUCAAUCUUUUUUCUAACUGCAUUUUUGUCAUACACAAAAUCUAAAGGUCCAAAUAAUACCAUAGUAUGGACUCCAAUUGCAUUGACUGUGGUUCUAGUAGCUAUUGCCACGUUAUGUAAAGAACAAGGGGUCACUGUCGUGGGGAUAUGCUGUGUCUAUGAAGUGUUUAUAGCACAAGGAUAUACCUUGCCAUUAUUAUAUACUACUGCUAUGCAGAUUCUUCGUGGAAAGGGCAGUAUUCCUUUUUCUCUGCUGCAGAUACUGCUAAAACUUAUUGUUUUAAUGUUCAGCACACUGUUGCUUGUGGUGAUUAGAGUCCAGGUUAUUCAAUCUCAGCUUCCAGUAUUUACAAGGUUUGAUAAUCCAGCAGCUGUAAGCCCAACUCCUACAAGGCAAUUGACUUUUAACUAUCUCCUUCCUGUAAAUGCUUGGCUUCUGUUUAAUCCCUCAGAACUGUGCUGUGAUUGGACAAUGGGAACAAUACCACUUAUAGAGUCCUUUUUAGACAUACGAAAUCUUGCCACAUUUGUUUUCUUUUGCUUUUUGGGAUCACUAUUAGUAUUCAGUGUUCGAUAUCCUGGUAAUUCUUCAAAGACUGUGUUAAUGGCAUUAUGUUUAAUGGCAUUGCCAUUUAUUCCUGCAUCAAACCUCUUUUUUCCAGUUGGAUUUGUGGUUGCAGAGCGAGUAUUGUAUGUACCAAGCAUGGGAUUCUGUAUUUUAGUUGCUCAUGGAUGGCGGAAAUUAUCCAAAAGAAAUGUACUAAAAAAGCUGUCGUGGGUUUGUCUAUCUAUAGUGGUGAUCACUCAUGCCUUAAAAACACUUCACAGAAACUGGGACUGGGAAUCUGAAUAUACCUUGUUUAUGUCUGCCUUAAAGGUAAAUAAAAAUAACGCCAAAUUGUGGAAUAAUGUGGGUCAUGCUUUGGAAAAUGAAAAGAAUUUUGAGAGAGCCUUAAAAUACUUCCUACAGGCAACACAUGUUCAGCCAGAUGAUAUUGGGGCUCACAUGAAUGUAGGAAGAACUUAUAAAAAUUUAAAUAGAACCAAAGAAGCUGAGGAAUCUUAUAUGAUUGCUAAAUCACUGAUGCCACAAAUUAUUCCAGGCAAAAAAUAUGCUGCACGAAUUGCUCCUAACCAUUUAAAUGUUUAUAUUAAUCUUGCCAACUUGAUUCGUGUAAAUGAGUCUCGACUUGAAGAAGCAGAUCAAUUGUAUCGACAAGCAAUUAGUAUGCGACCAGAUUUCAAACAAGCUUAUAUUAGCAGAGGAGAAUUACUUUUAAAAAUGAAUAAACCUUUAAAAGCAAAGGAAUCAUAUCUUAGGGCAUUGGAUCUUGACCGAAGCAAUGCAGACCUCUGGUACAACUUGGCAAUUGUUAAUAUUGAACUUAAAGAAUCAACUGAAGCCCUUCGAAACUUUGACCGGGCUUUGAAGAUGAAUCCUAAUCAUAAAUUAGCACUAUUCAAUUCUGCCCUGCUCAUGCAAGAAUCUGGUGAAGCUAAAGUUAGGCCUGAAGCAAAGAAACGAUUGCUCAACUAUGUAAGUCAAGAACCCCAUGAUGCAAAUGGCUACUUCAAUCUGGGCAUGCUAGCUAUGGAUGACAAAAAAGGCAGCGAAGCUGAGAUGUGGAUGAAGAAAGCCAUCAAGCUGCAGGCAGGCUUCAGAAGUGCUUUGUUCAACUUGGCUCUUCUAUAUUCUCAGUCCUCAAAGGAAUUAAUGGCUUUGCCUGUGCUGGAAGAGCUCCUUCGCUACUACCCAGAUCACAUCAAAGGUCUCAUCUUAAAGGGAGACAUUCUGAUGAAUCAGAAGAGAGACAUAGUUGGAGCAAAGGAAUGUUUUGAAAAGAUUGUAGAAAUGGAUCCCAACAAUGUCCAAGGAAAACACAAUCUUUGUGUUGUUUAUUUUGAGGAGGGGGACUUGAUCAAAGCAGAAAAAUGCCUACUUGAGACACUUGACUUAGCACCACAUGAAGAAUAUAUACAUCGUCAUUUGAACAUAGUAAGAGUUAAAAUUUCUUCCUCUGGUGGUGGUGAACGGUUAUAUCUUCCACCAGCUGGGACCACACGUGUAGAAGGGAGCAAAAAAACUCCAUUUGAAAACUUAGACGAAAUAAAAAGUGAACACAAGUCCACUGAGACAGUGCAAAAUGAUAAUAACAAAAGUCCAUCUCAAUUGAACACACAAUCAGAAGAAAAUACAGAGAAAGAAAAUAAAAAAACAACAAAAGAAAUCAGUGACAUUGAAAAAAAAAGAGUUGCUGCUUUAAAAAGACUAGAGGAGAUUGAACGUAUUUUAAAUGGCGAAUAACCUUAUUCUUUAUUAUGAUAACAACAGUAUGGAAAAUACCUUAAUUUGUAGCAUUUAACUUAAAGUUUGCUCAAACUAGAUGUUUCAGAAAGUGGAAAGACUACAUAACAGCCUAUAAUAAGUUAUUUCUCUAUCUGUGGAGAAUAAUAGAUCAACUAAAUUUUAUGAAUUAGGUUGAAUGUGGGGUUGUUUUAAAUAUGAGAGAAAUUUAUUAAGUCAAAAGUGGAGAAAUCAUUGUUUUUAAAAAGCCCAGAGGAAAUUUCUAAUGGCAAAAAAAUUUUCAGUUGGAUAUUCUCAAUUGGAAACUAUUCCACAGAGCAGUUUCAAUUUGUGCAGCUUUAUUUCAUGCAACCCUUUUUUAUUUUCCUAUUUCUUAUGGAUUUUAGCCUGUUUUCAUCUAGUAGAAUCCAACUAUAGAUUAAAAAUACUACUUGACUGUAUUUUUUUCUGUAUCACUAGUGUUCAGUAAGAAACUUUCCUCUAUGAAAAAAACACUGGCUUAGUUUUUAUGUGGUUUUUGUUGUUGUUUGUUUUUUAGUGCUUGUUUUCAAAAGAAAUAAUGAAAAUUUUUUUAAGCAAUUAAUGUUUAAGAUGUAAAUACAUUAUUUCAGUAUAUAUUUUCACAGUUGUACAAUUAUCCAUUAGCACUAUAUAAAAAAUUUUUAAAGCCUCUGUGACUGACAUGCAGCCUUCUGGUAGUAAUCUUAUAGAAUUUUACUGCUUUUUUUUUUUUUUUUUUUUUUUUGAGAAAGAAUACUUAUUAAGCACAGGUAGUAAAUCAUACAGUUGUUAUAACGUCACACUAUUCUUUUGUCUUUCACUCUCUACAAACUCUUAAAUUUUAAUACAUAUAACUUCAUAAGGCCAGAGAAUUAAUAAAUCUAGGGUUGGAGAGGACUAAAGAGGCUAUCUAGUUUAACCUCCAUAUUUUACAGAUUGAGGAAACCAAGGCCCAGGAACAUUGAUGUGGACCUGAUGUCACAAAAGUAGAGAAGUGGGAUGGGAUUGAUGCAUGUCUUCUAACUCCUAACGCUAUUUAUUGCUCCUUCCAUUGUAUCAAACUUCCUUGUAUAAUUUGUACCCCAAAGCUAUAGUUUUAUUUAAAACUUAUAACUCUUUUGUGAGUGGGUAGCACAGUGGAUAGAGUCCCAAGGCCUGAAUCAGGAAGACUCAUCUUUCCAAUUUCAAAUCUAGGUUCAGACACUUAACACAAGUGGCCCUAUACAAGUCACUUCACCCAGUUUGCCUCAGUUUCCUCAUCUAUAAAAUGAGCUGGAGAAAGAAAGGGCAAACAACCCUGGAGUCUUUGCUGAGAAAACCCCAAAUAGGGUCACCAAGAAUCAGAACCCCCUGAAAAAUGACUGACCAACAACAAAAAAAUUCUACUUGUGAUAGUAAAUGACUUCCCCAAAGUCAUUUGGUCUUGUUUUUUGAAGUAAUGAGGUUUUUGGUUUUAAAAUUAUGUGCUCAUUGAACAAAUAUUUAUUUGUGAACAAUUCAACAGAAAAACCACUAAAGCCAGUGUUAUUUAAUUUUGAGGAAAAGAAAAGACACUUGGUUUCUUUUGAAGCACUAAAUUCUAUUGUUUGCCAUUUUUGUUCAUUUUAAUUAAAUAUUUAUUUUGACUACUGAUUCAUUAAAAUGUUCCCAUUUCUGUAUUAAAUACAUCUGUUUCAUUCCUUCUUUUUGGAUUUUUUCUUGGCCAAACUACUAUUUUAAUGAGUUUAUCUUUUCAUGUAUGUUUUAGUGGAUUAACUAAAAAUGCUUCUUUACCUAUUGACAUCUGUUUUCCAAAAUAUUGUGAAUAUCAUAAGAGUUGAUUUGAUGAUCAUUUUUAACUUUUAACUUUUUGGAAUUUUAAAUCCAGAAAAAAAAAAAAUAAGUGUUUCAGAAUAAAUAUUUUUUAUUUUAAAUUAAA